AUGGUCUCCAAUUCAGUCAACAAGACUGCUCUUCACCCAGGUGGUGUCGAACCGAGUCGGGAACACACUGAGCUCGAGGAGACGCUACACGAGCAUGCCAACAUUGACUACGACAGAGUCGCCAUUGUUGCCAAUCCCUCAGUAGCUGCCUUGUACGAAGAUGCUCUGGUUUACGAAAGUGGUUCAGCCGUCACCUCAAGUGGUGCUCUAACCGCGUACUCUGGCACAAAAACUGGUCGUUCGCCUUCUGACAAGCGUGUCGUCAAGGAGGAAGGCUCAGAAAAAGAUGUCUGGUGGGGACCUGUGAACAAGCCUAUGACCCCAGACGUCUGGAAAAUCAACCGUGAGCGAGCCAUUGACUACCUGAAUACCCGGAACCGCAUCUACGUUAUCGACGGUUUUGCUGGUUGGGAUGAACGCUACCGCAUCAAUGUCCGUGUCGUUUGCGCCCGUGCUUACCAUGCGCUCUUCAUGCGCAACAUGCUCAUCCGGCCUUCGAGAAAAGAGCUGGAACACUUCCAUCCCGACUACGUGAUCUACAAUGCGGGUUCUUUCCCGGCCAACAGAUAUACCACUGGCAUGACCAGUGCUACUAGCGUAGCCAUCAACUUUGCCGAGAAAGAGAUGGUUAUCCUCGGUACUGAGUACGCUGGCGAGAUGAAGAAGGGUAUCUUUACUGUACUCUUCUAUGAGAUGCCCGUCAAGCACAACGUUCUGACACUACACUCGUCUGCGAACGAAGGUGAGAAAGGCGACGUCACUGUCUUCUUCGGUCUCUCUGGCACCGGGAAGACUACUCUAUCUGCCGACCCUAAGCGCAAGCUCAUCGGUGACGAUGAGCACUGCUGGUCUGACAAGGGCGUCUUUAACAUUGAAGGUGGCUGCUACGCCAAAUGCAUUGGCCUCUCCGCUGAGAAGGAACCCGAUAUCUUUGGAGCAAUCAAGUUCGGCUCCGUCCUGGAGAAUGUCGUCUUCGAUCAGGAAACACGCGAAGUUGACUACGACGACUCAACCCUGACCGAGAACACACGCUGCGCCUACCCCAUCGAUUACAUCCACAACGCCAAGAUCCCUUGCCUGACCGACAACCACCCAACCAACAUCAUCCUGCUUACCUGCGACGCCCGCGGUGUGCUACCUCCGAUCUCCAAGCUCGACACCAACUCGGUCAUGUAUCAGUUCAUCAGUGGCUACACAUCAAAGAUGGCUGGCACUGAGGAUGGUGUCACCGAGCCCCAGGCUACCUUCUCUUCUUGCUUCGCCCAGCCCUUCUUGGCUCUUCAUCCCAUGCGUUACGCGAAGAUGCUGGCGGACAAGAUCCAGCAACACAAUGCCAACGCUUGGCUCCUCAACACCGGUUGGGUUGGCGCCGGCGCCACCACUGGCGGCAAGCGCUGCCCUCUCAAGUAUACUCGUGCCAUCUUGGAUGCCAUUCAUUCGGGUGAGCUUGCCAAGGCCGAGUACGAGACGUACCCAGUCUUCAACCUGCAGGUGCCCAAGACCUGCCCCAACGUCCCUGACGAGCUGCUCAACCCCAAGAAGAGCUGGACUGCGAGCACGGACUUCGAUGAGGAGGUUACGAAGCUUGCCAAGCUCUUCGUCGAGAACUUCGAUAAGUACAAGGAUGAGGCGACUGACGAGGUCAUCAAGGCUGGACCUCAAGUGUAA